CAACUGAUGACAUUGAAGCGCUCAAUUGAUAGAAAAACGAACGAAAGGCGCACAUGGAACGUCCAUUGCUCGGGGAGAGGCGCGACAAAACAGUAUCGUGUCGUAGAGAAUGAGCGUCGAGCAAUGAAAUUUCAAGCACUCGCGUGGAAAACAUGCCGACAGUGUAGUAGUACUCACUGGAUCGAAGAAGCCCAAGUGUCCGGAGUGAAGUCGCCACCGGAAAUACCAGCCGUCGAGUCGAGAAACUGGCUGCUUCACAAGCAUUACACCAGGCACGAAUUUCAGAUCUGCAAAACUCUUAUCGAACAGGAAUUGGAAAAAUGGGGUGGUCUUGCCGAAUAUCCGCACUAUUUGAAGGGUUUAAUCCUUAGGAGGGAAGGCAAAGUGCAAGACGCCUUGGACUGCUUCCAAAAGGCUUAUAACGUGAACCCUUUCAACGUCAGCAAUGCUAAGCAGAUCGCGAAAUCGCUCUUCCUUAUGGGAGACCACCGACGGGCGAUCGAAGUGUAUCUGGAGGCCGAGAAGAUGAUUGCACUGAAGCAACCCGACUGGGAGAUCCAUUACAACCUCGGCGAAUGCUACGCGCGAACAGAUCAGACGGAAGCAGCCAAGGGCCAGUUGUUGCGGGCGAUCGAGCUGACGAAAAACGAGAGUCCGUAUCUGGCCCUCGUCAAGCUCUACGUCGCCGAGGAUCGCAUCAUGGAGGCUGUAGCCGUUUAUCAGGAAGCUCUCAAAGCGUCACCCGAGAGCAUCGAGAUGACGACGGACUUGGGACAGCUGUACCUCGGAUUAGGGGAUCCAAAGCGCGCUUUCCAGCAAUUUGGCACGGCUCUCGCUCAGUCGCCCAAUUACGCUCGUGCCAUUCUACCGAUGGCUUACGUCAUGCAGACGGAAGGUGAGUACGAUGUGGCAUUCGCCAAGUACAAAGUGGCCGCGCAAUCCAUGCCGGAGUCUUGGCACUUGUGGAACAACGUCGGCAUGUGCCUCUACGGCAAGCAAAAAUUCGUGUCCGCGAUCACUUGUCUCAAGAGAGCGCACUACUUGAACCCACUGGCGUUGCCACCAGCGUGCAAUUUGGGCAUUGUGUUUCUCGCCACUGGUCAACCUGCUUCGGCUGCCAUUCACCUCUGCGGUGCCGUGGCCAAUGGACCAAAAACUCACAUGCCCUAUUUUCUACUCGGAUUGGCCCUGAAGCGUUUGGAUGACGUGGACGGCGCUGAGAGAGCUUUGGAAAAAGCACACUCACUGGCACCUCAGGAGCCUCAAGUUCUACUAAACUACUCGGUAAUUCUCGACUCGCAAGGCAAGCAUCAACGAGCUCGCGAGCUUCUCGUAGUCCUCAGUGAUGUUGCUGCACUGAUUGAUGUGGAUCCGCAGAUAACGAGUAUGGCCAAGCAGCUCGCAGCGAAAUUGCGCGACAUCGGCGACGAUAAAUCUUUCUCGCCGUUCGACCGCCCAGCGGCAGCAACAGCAACAGCAACAGCAACAGCAACAGCAGCAGCAGCAGCAGCAGCAGCAACGGCAGUAACGCCAGACAGCCAGACGACCGCGACAGAUGAGCCACAGCGUACGUUGAUCGAGGACGAGGUGUGAAGUUACACGUCUGCGAGUGCCACGGCUGAUCGCCUUCAAGAAAAGUGAGCUAGCGCACCAGAGAAAAGAAUGUAAGCUGCUUCGAUCAGAAUGCCUUUCUUAAAUCUGCCCAACAACUGAUCCUCUACUAGCGCGCCGUUCAAUGGAAAGACAUUCAAGCAAUUUUUCCCCAGAGGAUUGGAAAAAAGAUCAAGUCAGGCUAGAAAUACGAGCGAUCGUUGUAGGUGUGAUGGAUUACGUUGCAGUUUUAGAAUCAAGUGUAUAUCGCCAGUGAUUUUAUGUGUUGAGAUAAUUGAGAUACAAUGUUCGAUGAAAACUAUGUUAAUAUACUGAAUGACUUUUAGUUUGUGUAAAUUUCUAAUUUUGCAUAAUGAGUCCAAGUAAUUUAUAAAUUAUGCUUUUUUUACGUGCUCAUAAUUGUUUUUGAUUGCAAUUUAAUUUUGAGAAAUCACAGAGGUUCAAGAAAAGGAAAUUUUAAAGUGAAAAUGAAAUAUUAUACAACUUGAGCGCCUUAAAACCAAUGUGAGUAGCUUCGCCUAUUCUGUUUGAUCUCGCUUCACUUCUUUCGUCAUUGAGCUCAGUCGUUGCUUCACUUUCCUUGCUCCUUUGCAAUCGUUUCCUAUUGACGCCGUCUCUAUUUUACUUGCUUCCGUGAUUUCUAUUACAAAUUUAUGUCACUGUUC